AUGUGCACAUUAGUGAUGUCCUAUGAGGAUCCCCUUGGUGCUACCACAAGCAGCAGGAAGAAUUUGGUGGGGACAGACGAUAGUGACCUAUCAAGAAUCUUAUGUGAAAUUCCAGAGAACAAAGAAGAGAGCAAGGCUACAGAUUCUGAUGCAGAAGAGGAGAGAAAACAGUCUGUGGAACUGUAUACCCAGGUGGAGACACAGCCAACCCUUGAAACAAACACAGAGGAGCAGCACAACCAGCUCAACGCCAACAACUGGUUUGUUCUCCUGUCUCUUACUGCUUUCAUUGAUUGAAUAAUCAAGUGUGUUUUACAGAGGAGGGAGUAGCAAAACCUUCCUUCAUAGCUGUAAUACCCGACACCAUCCUUCCAUUCUGCGUCUGUUUUUAAUAUUUUAAUUGUAAACAAGAGUCCUUAACAGCUUAUCUGCUCUGUGAUGAUUGGGUUAAAGUGGCACUGUCACCACCCGUAAAAAUCUUUAUGAAAUACUUAUAAUGACUGUGUUUGAAUUUCACUGAAAUUCAAACCUAGCCAAGAGAUAUACUAAGACAAGGAGCGACUACUUUGUCUCAGUAUAUUUCCUAUCCCUGACAUUCUAGACACUGGAUGGAGCUACCAUCAUCUAGAAGUGUCAGUCCUCCGAGCCAGUGACGGCUGCAGGAAAUUGACUUUAAAUGUGGAGGAUCCUGCGAAUCCUCCUUAGACCUCAAUGAGUGAUAGAGUUAUCAGAAUCGAAAGAGGACCUGCUGGGAGAAGAUAGCAGUCCCUGCGAGGGACAGGUCCCCAGUUUCAGAUAGGUAGAUUUCACAUUUGCUUUUUCCUACGCCUGACAAUUUUGACAAAAGAGUAGAGCUUAAGAUAAGCUCCACUUCCUUUGUCAAGCCAAGAAAGCAAGAAGCUUGGCUUAAGCUCCACCCUUUUUCAAGAUUUCCAAGUGCAGGAAAGAUACACACGACAAAGUAGUCGCUACUUUGUCUUAUCUUUUAAAGAGAAAUAGAUCGUAGAUGAAGAAAAGAAGAACAGAUUCUGAAAGGGGGAGAUAAGAUGAAAGUUUGAGGUGACAGAACCCCAAAAAGACAUAAUAUGAGUGUUAGGAACAGGCCCCCCUACUGAACAGGCAACUGUCCAGUAGUGAGUUCUUACUAUGCCUAAUGGGAAAUCCUGCCCUGAUUACAGGAACACGAAGCUUUAUGAAUUGACACUUAAAGCAAACAAUUUAUGCUCCUGCCUGUGUAUAGUUGCACAAAUCACUGUAGCUGUAAGCAAACAGCAGGUUAUAGUUGUUACAAAGAAUCCUUCGUCUGAUUGUGUUCAUAUAUAAAUACAUAACGGGUAACUGUUACACUAUUUCAAGGAAAACUGUAGUGUUAGAAAUACAAAGUUGUAUUUGUAACACAAUAGUGCUCUCUAACCACCCUCCCUCGUACAAGCGUGAGGAUGUCCAGCAUCGUUUCACGGAGUAAAACUCUGAAACUCCAAAAAGCUCCUCUAAUGGCUGCCUAGUAGACAGCCACUAGAGGCAGUUUUAACCCUUUAAUUGUAAACAUUGCAGUUUCUCAAAAACUGCAAUGUUUUACAUUGCAGGGUUAAGAGAACAGCGACAAUGUACUCAGAUCACUUCAUUGCGUAUAAUCAAGUGUAUUUUACAGAGGAGGGAGUAGCAAAACCUUCCUUCAUAGCUGUAAUACCCGACACCAUCCUUCCAUUCUGCGUCUGUUUUUAAUAUUUUAAUUGUAAACAAGAGUCCUUAACAGCUUAUCUGCUCUGUGAUGAUUGGGUUAAAGUGCCACUGUCACCACCCGUAGGCACCCAGAACACUUCAGCUCAUUGAAGUAUUCUGGAUGCAAUGUCCCAUGUUCCCUAACCCUGCAAUAGUAAUUAUUAUUGAGAAACUGCAAAAAUUACUAUCCAGGGUUAACUCCACCGCUAGUGGCUGUCUACCAGACAACCCAUAGAGGGCUUCCUGGUUUGAAAUAGACCUUUGGUCUGUUAUCUGACGCUGGACGUCCUCACGUUUGCAUGAGGACCUCCAGCGUCGUAUUUUCCCCCACAGGAAAGCAUUGAAAAUCCUACUGUGAAGGAUAUCGGCGCUGGAUUCAGAUAAGUGACUGAAGGGGUUUCCCAUUGAGAGCUGCGGGAGGGGGAGCGGUGCUUUGUUUUCCUGGCACUGUAGAAUCCCUUUAAGUGGUCUGGGUGCCUAUAAUGUCCAUUUAUGCUCUGUUGAAAGAGCAUAUAAUUUAAUUUAAACUUUAUGCUAGCAGAUCUGCUAGCAAAUGUAUAGAUUGGGAGAAAUCCAUGUUUAGAAAUAGGUCCUUCUCCCACCUGUCAGUCAAUUCUUUGGCAUAUACUCUAUGCCUUAGAAAUUACUGACAAAGGAGAGAAGAACAUAUUUUCCAAAGGUGGUUACUCUGCUUUCCGCACAUAAUAACCACGGUGCAUGCAGAGUGAUUGCUAUGGUAAAUUCCCAGCUGACAGUGUUAGUGCUGGCUAUCGAGUGCUGGCUAUAGGAAUGGCGUGACUGAUGCCAAUCUGUUCAGAUGCUCGCAUGCUGGCAACAAAGAGAAGGUUUGCCAUGCUUGGUUAAGUGUCCCCAAGCAGGGCAAAUAAAAGAAAUAUGCGGGAGGAGUAAAGGGUGGGCUGGAGGUAGGUGUUACAGAAAUACCCAUGAAGCUGAGGACAUGGCGGCGCUUGACAGGAAGAGUAUAUUUGUGAUUGAUAUAUGGUAACUUUAGGCAUGACAGGUUCACUUUAAUGGGUAACUAGCUUCCAAUUCACAGAUGUGUGAGUGCAGUAAGUAACACAAGUACUACGCCCCUCUCACAGCUGUUUCUUGAUUAGUGUUUAGUAUAGAACUCUAGCUGAAACUGCUCAUCAAACUUAUGACGUUGAAAAUGGCUGGAGGUAAGUAUUUCAGAAACUUUCUCCAAAAGAUUAGGCAGUGCUCUGCUGAUUUUAGCUGAUAUUAGCGUACUACCUCCAGUGCUGAAAAAGAUUUAAAUGGAUGAGCCAUUAUCACAAGACUGCUAUUAAACAAACAUUGUAAAAUAAAGUGACAUAUUUUAAUAACUCCUUUAAUGAACGGAAAGAUGGGCACUAAAGGUGAUAUGAGGAAACAUAGUGAUUUUAUUCCCUAUUUAGCUCAGUCUGUAAUGUAUAAAGUGGAAUGGAGCCAGCAUUCCCAGGAAAUAGUAUGCUGUAAAUCUUUUGCUUAAUUUAACAUGGCAACGAUCCAGACUGCAUUCUAUGGCUACUCUAUUAGACACUUCUAAGUAUGUGUAUGAGAUCAGGAGCUGAAAGUUGUUUCAAGGAAUCAAAGUGAAUUAUUAUGGAGGCCACCAGAAGUGUAGAAGGAAAGAGCUAUUACCCUUUUAUGACAGAACUAGCCCCACUGCAGCGGGCUUCGAGAUCCACAUUCUGCGACAUUAAGGAAGCCACUAAAUGAUGCAGUGGAUAAACUCUCAAUAUAUUAUCAGGAAUACACUAAACAAACGAAAGGUCUUACUAUGAAACGUGCUUUUGCUAAUGUCAAAGAAGAUACUGGUUUAUAUUUAAACUUCUGAGUGCACGUAAGACAAAGAAAUUGUGAUAUGUGAAGAAGAUUUAUUUGGAUUGGUAAGAGGAGGUUAAACGUGUUGGGGUCCAGGCAACAUUCUAUUGGAUGGGUAGCCCAAAGGUACAUUUCUUUAGGCAAACUAUAAUUAUUUUAUAUAUAUUUUUGUCUUCUACAGCUUUAGUUCAACUUUACUAGUUGCCUCCUCUUCUGUUUAAGUGAUUAAAAAAGAUUAAAGGAACACUCUGGGCAUCAUAAAAACUUUAUCUCAAAUAAGUUGUUCCAGUGCCAGGAGGUUCUGGACUCCAUCUUACCUUAAGUAGUUAAAUAAUUAAAGUUGUAAAAGUGGCCCUUUUCUGCUUGUCCUUUUGACAACGGUCCAAGGCUUCAAUGUGGAACUUCACAUCAUUCUCCUCUUUGAAACCAUGUACCAUCACCAGGAAUACGAGCACGUGGGCACCGUGUUCACAACUUUGAGGUUACACCAUUCGUAAAUGAUUUAACCACUUAAGGACCACAUGGCGUGUUAAAGAGAGAGGUCGGAGUCAAACAGAACACCUAAACAUGAGCCUGCAAGGUAGAGCUAAUGGUAGCACUUGAGGGAGGAAAGACCAGAAGUUCUCUUUUGGACAGGUUAAGUUUAAGGAAAUGACCAGCCAUCCAGUUGGAAACAGCAGAAAGGCAGUCAGAGACACAAGUCAAAAAGGGUGGUGAGAUAUCGGGAGAACAGGUAAAUUUGCAUGUCACCUGCAUAGAUAUGAUACUGGAAGCCAAAGGAGCUGAUGAGUUUACCCAGGGAGGCAGUAUAGAUUCAGAACAAUUAUAGACCAAGGACAAAUCCUUGAAAAACACCAACAGAGAGAGAUUGGGGAGAAGAGGCAGAGCUAGAGAAAGAAAUACUAAAAGAGCGCUAGGAGAGGGAGGUAAAGCACCGAGAUUACAGAUGAGAAGAAACUAUUGCGAAUCAACAGUGUCAAAAGCAGAAAUGUCAAAGAGAAUUAGGAUAGAGUAGUGGCCUUGGGAUUUUGCAGCGAUAAGAUCAUUAGAUGCUUUGGUCACAGCUGUUUCAACAGAGUGACGAGCACAGAAUGUAGAUUAAAGGAAAGCAUUGGAUUGUCUGAGCUUGUCAAAGAGGCAGAUCAGGGGCAGAGCCAGCACAAGCCAAACACAGCCCUGGCCAAUCUGCAUCUUCUCAUAGACAUGCAUUGAAUCAAUGCAUCUCUAUGAGGAAAGUUCACUGUCUCCUUGCACUGAGUGGCAGUACUGCACACUGUGCAGCACUGCCACAGGAAGCACCUCUAGUAGCCAUCUGAGGAGUGGCCAGUGGAGGUAUACCUAGGCUGUAAUAUAAACACUGCAUUUUCUCUGAAAACAUAAUGUUUACUUCAAAAAGUUGACUGAUUAUACUUACCAGAAUAAAUACAAUAAGCUGUAGUUGUUCUGGUGACUAUAGUGUCCCUUUAAUUAAUUCCUGGCACCAUACUGUAAGCUGUUGUGGUUAUGAUGCUUAGUGUGUCCCUUUAAAGGACCACUUUAGGCACCCAGACCACUUCAGCUUAAUGAAGUGGUCUGGGUGCCAGGUCCAGCUAGGAUUAAUCCAUUUUUUUAUAAACAUAGCAGUUUCAGAGAAACUGCUAUGUUUACAAAUGGGUUAAUCCUUCCUCGAAUUCCUCUAGCGGCUGUCUCAUUGACAGCCGCUAGAGGCGCUUGCGUGCUCUCACUGUGAAAAUCACAGUGAGAGCACGCAAGCGUCCAUAGGAAAGCAUUGCAAAUGCUUUUCUAUGCGAACGGCUGAAUGCGCGCGCAGCUCUUGACGCGCGUGCACAUUCAGCCGGAUGGGAGGAUCGGAGGAGGAGAGCUCCCCGCCCGGCGCUGGAAAAAGGAAAGUUUUUACCCCUUUCCUCUCCCCAGAGCCGGGCGGGAGGGGGUCCCUGAGGGUGGGGGCACCCUCAGGGCGCUAUAGUGCCAGGAAAAUGAGUAUGUUUUCCUGGCACUAUAGUGGUCCUUUAACACUUUGCCUUCGAAAUGUUUUUGGAAUAGAGAGAUAAUACUAGAUGAGAAAUGUUUUUGUUAAAGAUGGGAAUGUGGUGAGAAUGCAGCAAAGUGUGAAAAUAAAUCCUGUCUAGCAAAGUAAAUGAGUAAGAUCACAAUAACAAGUCAAGAUUUAUGAAAACAUUUAAAAAAAAAUAGAUUUAUAUGAAAGAAAAAGACAUGAAAAACAUAAGAUUAUUAUGCAAAAUAAUGAUGGCUAAAAACAUCCAUCUAUUACCCCCCUUCUUUAUAAAUAUGCAGUGAAUGUAUAACUGGGGCAAGAAUGAGGAUAAUUGUGUGAAAACCACACUGUGACUAGUCCGUGACGGUACAGAUACACAGAAUAUUUUUGUGACAUAUGCACACUACGCUGAUUCUAACUUUUGGUUUACAGAAGAAUAGUCUCAUGUAAGUGUUAACCUCUGAAUUAUCCAGGUGCUGUCUGGAUACUUAGACACAGGACUGAUAAGCUCCUGAAGUUGUGGUGGUGAGCUGUUCUGUUACAUGAGCAUUUAAUUGCCCAGAGGAAUUACUUGCCAAACAAUGAUUUGAGAACUAACUUACAAUAUUUUGCAAAGUGAUCAGAUAUGUAGAAAAUCUCUGGUUGUUAACCACAGUUUGUUACUUCCAACUUUAGAGAAUAUUUUUUUAAAAAUGGUAAUUUUGCGUCUUGGUAAAUCUUCAGAAUGCAGUAUAUGUUCCAGUGUCAGGUCUCAGGUAGGCUUAGUGUAACAACAAGUUUCCAGUGCAAGAAAGUUUGUUAAAGUUCUUUGCUAUGCAUUUAGAAGAAAAAAGCUUUAAUCAUCUAUGUCCGUGUCCCACCAGAUGUGGAUACCAAGUGUUUGUAAACAUUUUAUUUUUAAAUCAAAAUUUCAGAUUUAUGCUCAACCUCGUACCUAACUAAAAUUGAUGUUUAUUGACAGUAUUUUGAGACACUGGAAUAAAAUCAAGAAAGACUUUAAAAUAGAAUACAGACUGUUUCCAUUCUGACCCAUAGAGGUGAUUAAGGGGAAUAUUGAGGAUAUCAAUAUCAGCGGAUGGUCACAGAAGGGAAUUAAGAAUAUCCAAGAGAUUAUAGAUAGCAAGGAAAUCAAGCCAUUUAACCAGCUACAAAUAGAGUUCAGGAUUGAUAACAAGGAGAUAUUUAAAUAUUUAAAAAUCAAGUUCUGUUUGGCGAAAUUCUUGGAUUUCCAGGUCAAUAAAAACUCAAGUAAUCUUAAAAAGAUUCUGGAAACUCACAGAAUUAAAGGCCGUAUUACUAGAAGUUACGAGUCCUUAUAGGACUCUCAGAAGUCCUAUGUCUGGAAAUCUAAGAUCAAGUGGGAAAAAGAUCUACAUAUUGAAAUUACUGAGCAAGAUAUGAUAAGUGCGAUAGUUAAGGUCAAUAAAUCGGUACAUUGUCUGAACAUAGUAGAGAAUUUUUAUCAACUCAUAAACAUGGUAUAUGGUCCCCGAAAAACUAGCUAAAAUUUAUAAAGAUCAGAAUCAUGUUUUUUGGAGAUGUGAUGAUUAUCUCCAUGUAUGGUGGCAAUGUAAAUCUUUAAGUAAUAUAUGGAAGGAUAUCUAUCAACAGAUUUAUAAUACCUGCCAGAUAUAUAUACCUUUUACACCACAGAGCUUUUUGUUACAUCAGGGAUGGCCCUCUAUGCCUAUUGAAAAAAGCAUGUUAACAAUACACAUUUUAAUGGCAGCUAAGAUAGUUCUAGCUAGGCAUUGGUAAAGCAAUAAAGCGUUAGAGUGGGCUGAAAUUAAAAACCAAGUAACAUACCAAUGUAAAAUGGAAAUUGGAAUAAUUCAAGGAAACUCUGUUGGUUUGAGGAAAAUUAGUAGGUGGAAAAAUAUAGUUAACAAGUUUAUUGCUAGUAAUGAAGGUUUAUAAUAUAGAUGGUCUAUGAUGCCCCCGGUGUGUGUUUCGCUCCCGAGAGAAACUAGCAAAAAAAGAUGCACCCAUUUGGGAAGCAAUUGCAUAUAUGGCUAGAACAAUGCUAGUUCCUCGGGACUGUAAGUGUGUCUCAGUGUGAAUGUUGUUUGGUGAUACCUCAAUUCUGCUAUUUAUGUAACUUACAGAUACUCUAAUCCUACUGCGGUUUAUCUUAGCUUUGCAACAUACAGAUUUUUAUGUACACGUAUUUAAAGUUAUUUGAAGCACUGUCUGUAUAAAUGCAUUUUAUAGACAUCUGUUUUAAUGGAAACACAUUUACUUGUAUAUUUGUAUUGCUCAUUGAGGUAUUGUACGUAUUUUUGAUAAUUGUAAAAAAUUUUGGAAAAAUAAAAAUAUAUUAAAUUAAAAAAAAAGAAGUUGGAUAGCUUUGACCAAAGUAAUUCCAUUGACUGUUUAAAGCAGGGCUAGGCAACCUUUGGCACACCACAUGUGUGCACUAUACCUCCCAUAAUGCUCUUAUACCCAUUAUGUUGGCGAAGCAUCAUGAGAGAUCUAGUCCACAACAUUUGCACUGCCAAGGUUCCCUACCCCUGGUUUAUGAUUGUGAGAUUAAGGUGUUUUAAUAUAUGCUGUACAAACCUCCUGCAGCUAGAUGGCGCCAACUUAUAAAGUAUUUUAAUAUGUGUAUUUCAUUCUGCCUUGCAGUAGUUUAGGAGAGGAAGGAUAAUGGAAUCCAAUGCAUGAAUAUUUUUUUUUGGUGUGGGAGGGAGUCAUAUUUACAGGACCAUAAAGCUUGCUGAAAUGCUUUACAUGUGAGUACUAUCCUAUCCUUUACCAGUUUAUAAAGUGCUGAAUUCUAUGAGAAAUCCACAGUUUUAUAAAUAAAUUAUGGAACACCCCCCAGGUGUCAGAUAGCCAAGGAGGUUAGCUGCUUCCUUCUGUUCGCUCCCCUGAGCUAAUGCAUGUAGCAGGCAUGCUGUACACAGACCUUCGUCUUCAGGAAAUCCAGCUCCUUCAGAGAGCUCAAAUAAGACGCUAGCGUGUACAAGCAAAUGCAUGCGCACUGUGCGCACAGAUUCAGAGGCUCUUCCAGGGAAAAAGAGGAGGGCUACAGUUCAAGAAAAUAAAUAUAUGCAUGUAUUCAUUGGGUAUUCAAUCUACUAAAUAGUUAUUUUGGUUUUAAAAUAAAGAAUUAGUCUGCAGUGAUCCUUUAAAAUAUAAUUAUUAAGGGGGCGGAGCUUGACCGCCGAGCGGUGCAGACGUGGGUAACACGGGCUCCUGCCUGGUGGACGGAAUUUGGGGUACAAUCAGCGGCUACAUAGCCCAAAAUUCUACCAAGGUGCACUACCCAUGUCAGGGGUGCACCGCUGCAAUGAGAGACACCUCUCUGGAGCCCGUCGAGACUGGGAGCGCAGAACGCCACGUGCGGCCUAUUAGAGUUGAAGCCGGGGAGAGGCGGCCGCUCUCCCUGACACCGGACUCACCAAGCGACUCUGCUAGCCUCCCCCCCCUCUGGAUCGGUGGGCGUUUUCCCGGUCCCCACUGGGCGAACGGCCUAAUGAUAUCUCUGCUGACUCAAAGUACCGCUCACAGCAGAUACCUCACGGUGCCCUGACCUCUCAAGAUGGCGGAAGCCCCUCCACAAGCAUCACUGAACUCCACACGGGCACAAGGGCCCAAUCUAGACACCCUCAAAUCCAGGCUGGAUGCAUUAUUCCAGGCCUUUUGGGACAAGCUGCAGGCACGUAUCACCGCAGACCAGCCGAACCAGACAAAGGAGAACAGAUCAAGGAGGGCGAGGGGAGAGAUCCCUCCGGGCAACACACUUACCCAAAAGCCUGACGGCACUAACGACCACCCACCUAGGCCGAAAGCCACCAGAGGCAUGACCUCAAGACAUCGACCACACAGGGGGAAGAUCGCACGCCGCUGGCGGAGGAUACCAUCUCGUUCUUCCAUCUGCCACUUGGGGGUCCGGGACUUGGCCGCAUUAAGGUACUGAGUCCGUGGACAGAGGAUGUCAGCUCUCAUAAAGGCCUGGGGCUGGAGGAAACUAUCUCAAACCUGUCGCCCCCGACUGACCCCGACAAUCGACCCGCACAACCGAAUACUCACCAUGCUGCCCGCCCACCCAGGCUGAGGGCCCGUAGAGACACUGCCACCCUGCAUCUGCCGCACAAACAAAGAAACACCCUCCAUGGACGAUGCGUACUACCGCAAUCCUCUGCAUACCCCAGUCAGGGGUAGGGCCUGUCACCAAAGAGCACCCAAGUCCGCGGACUAGUGAUACCCUCACACAAGCCCGGGGUUGGAGGAGAACCCAAUACUGCUUCACCUCGGUUGAUGCUCACUGGGACUUCCCCACACUUGUACCACCUCUACCGCUGUUGGCAAUCUGCUGAUCAGGUAUCCAAACCUGCACCCGUGGGUCCUCCUUACUUAAAGGGGAAGCCGAGUAAUUGGACAUACCCGAUAAGAGACCCUUAACUCUCUGCUGAUGAAGUAUACAUUUCAUUGUAUUUCUCCCUUCCCACUUAUAAUUCUGCUCCGCUUCCUUACCAAUCAUAGCUGUAUGAGUAAUUUGACCUAGCAUGUUCUGCAAUGUUUAGUUAUUGGACCAGACACCAGUGGUAUAUAUAGCUUGUACUUGUCAGGGUACCUGUUGGUGAUGUAUCCAGGGAGGACAUCCUCUCUGCUUAGGGGCUCCCUUCCCCUAGCAUUUCGGCAUAUUUCGGCCGUUUUCGCGCCGGCCGCGCUAGCUCCUUCCCCUUUUAUGACGCGACGGCUAGCGUCGACGUCAUGACGUCGGCAUUUGCAUAAAGUGCCGGGAACCGCUAUUCCGGACCUUUUGGGGGCGUGGUCUCUAUUUAGGUAACAGGGUAUUUAAAGGAAACCUUUACUACUGCUCAUUGCCCUGUCGUGGUUCUAGCUUGCUAGUCACUCAGCGCGUUCUUUAUCUUGUGUUUCCGGUUUUGACCCUUGCUUGUCUUUUGUCCUGUUGUCCUCUCCUCUCCUUUGACUCGGCUUGUAUCUCGCUUACCUGUCCUCCGGCUCCCUUGACCUCGGCUUACCUUUUGACUAUUCUUGCUUUGUCCUUACGUUAGUCCGGCCAUUCUAAGGUCCGGUAUACGUACCUCCUUCUGUGCGCACUCUGCGUAUUGGAUCCCUGUCAGUUUCCUGACAUUACGACAGGGCCAUGAUGGAUCCUGCAGGUGCUAGUCCUCCUGACCCCAGAUUUGAGGCCAUGGACCAUAGAAUGGACCAAAUGGCUUUAGCGUUACAAACUUUGUUGACACGCUCCAGUACCCAGUCUGAAGAAAUACGUUCCACUGCUAGCCACUCGCUAAGUACUGGUUUGGAAGUAGCCACUGUAGGCGCAUCUUCCCAUGUCACGUCACCAUUACGAUAUGGGGGUUCGCCUGAUGCUUGUCGUGGUUUUUUAAACCAGAUAAGUAUACAUUUCGAACUACAACCCCGGGCUUACCCCACUGACAGGGCUAAGGUAGGCUUUAUUAUAACCCUGCUAAUAGAUAAAGCACUUAGAUGGGCCAAUCCCCUUUGGGAGAAUGACAAUCCUUUAGUCUACAACUACACUGCGUUUGUCACGGCUUUUAGAAGAACCUUUGACCCCCCAGGGAGGAAGAUUAAUGCGGCCAGAUCCCUGUUACGCCUUAAACAACAAGAUAGGACCCUUGUAGAAUAUGCUCUAGAGUUUAGAUCAUUGGCAGCAGAAGUGAAAUGGAACGAACAAGCUUUUAUGGAUGUUUUCUUGAAUGGGUUGUCUGAUGAAAUUCUAGAUGAAAUUGCCACUAGAGAACUUCCGGAAAAUUUAGAGGAUUUAGUAUCCUUCAUUUCCAGAAUAGAUGAACGCAUGAGACAGAGGCAGAACACUCGGGAAAGAGUUACUAGACUUCCUGUAAGACUCGCUCCCUCAUUUCAGAACCCUGACUCCUAUAAUCCUACUCCACCAGAACCUAUGCAGAUAGGUAAUACUCGCUUAUCUGAGGCUGAGAGACAGUACAGAAGAAGGGAGGGUCUCUGUUUAUACUGCUGGCUGAGAGGUCACCUACGUCUCAGUUGCCCUAAUCGUCCGGGAAACGCUCGCACCUAAGUUCCCUUAGAGGACGGGCCUUGGGUGUUUCAUUACUGUCCUCUAUGCAUAAUAAAAAAGACCAUAGGCUUCUGAUUCCUGUCUCUCUAGCUUGGGAAAAGGGGUUUAUUACUACGAUGGCAUUAUUAGAUUCUGGAGCAGCAGAAAGCUUUAUAGACCAAACUUUCGCUAAUAUGCAUUGUAUCCCAUUCCAAUUGAGAGAUACACCCUUGGCCGUUGAGGCCAUAGAUGGUAGACCUUUAUCUGAACCAGUAAUAUUCCAUGAGACCGAACCCGUUAAGCUUACUGUUGGUAUUUUCCACGAAGAGUUGAUUUCCCUUCUGUUAAUUUCCUCCCCGGCAGUCCCAGUGGUUCUAGGAUAUUCUUGGCUCAAGAGACACAACCCUCAGAUUGACUGGGAGGGUGGAGAAAUCGUUUCUUGGGGUAUGGGUUGUAGGAAAGAAUGUCUGCAGAGAGUUACUUCUGUUUGCCCCGUGAACUCUUAUGCUAACACUUCUCAAUCCACAGACGUUCAGAUACCAUUACAAUAUCUAGACCUCAAAUCUGUAUUUGACAAGGGUAAGGCGGAUACUUUACCUCCCCACCGGUCUUAUGACUGUUCUAUUAAACUUUUCCCUGGUACUAUGCCUCCCAGGGGUACGGUAUACCCUCUAUCCACCAAGGAAAAUUUAGUUUUAGAGGAAUAUAUCAAGGAGAAUUUAGACAAGGGAUUUAUUAGAAAGUCUUCUUCUCCGGCGGGGGCGGGUUUCUUUUUUGUAGAAAAGAAAGACGGUACCUUACGUCCUUGUAUAGACUAUCGGGGAUUGAACAAAAUUACUAUCAGAAAUGCUUACCCUAUUCCUUUGAUUACUGAACUCUUUGACAGACUAAAGGGGUCGAGUAUUUUUACUAAACUUGACUUAAGGGGAGCAUAUAACUUAGUGCGAAUUAAACAAGGAGAUGAAUGGAUGACAGCAUUUAAUACCCGUUACGGGCAUUAUGAGUAUACCGUAAUGCCGUUUGGGCUUUGUAACGCCCCGGCCGUCUUCCAAGACUUGAUCAAUGAAGUUCUUAGAGAAUUCCAACAUGAAUGUGUAAUUGUAUAUUUGGAUGAUAUACUAAUCCAUUCUAGAGACAUUAAUUCACAUCAUAGACAAGUCAGAAAGGUAUUACAGAAACUUUUACAACAUGGAUUGUAUUGUAAAUUGGAAAAAUGUAGCUUUGACCAGUCUCAGGUAACUUUCUUAGGUUACGUAAUUUCCAAAGACGGGUUUAUGAUGGACCCGACCAAACUAAAGUCGAUUUUAGAUUGGCCUUUACCUAAGGGACUCAAAGCCAUACAAAGAUUUCUUGGAUUUUCUAAUUAUUACAGACGUUUUAUUAAAGGGUACUCCUCUGUUAUCGCUCCUAUCACUAAUAUGACCAAACAAGGAGCCGAUACCAAAACCUGGUCUACUGAGGCUUUAUCUGCUUUCGAAACGCUCAAACAGUCUUUUGCCUCAGCACCUGUAUUAGUUCAUCCUGAUACCUCUCUACCCUUUUUACUUGAAGUUGAUGCGUCUGAAACAGGGAUAGGCGCAGUGUUAUCCCAAAGACAAAGUUUAGAUAAGCCGCUGCACCCUUGCGGUUUUUUUCCCAAGAAACUGUCACACACUGAAAGGAGAUAUGACAUUGGUGAUAGAGAACUUUUAGCUAUCAUUAUGGCAUUAAAGGAAUGGAGACAUUUGUUAGAGGGCACCGUCCUCCCAGUUACUAUCUUGACUGACCACAAAAAUUUAUCGUAUAUGGGGAGGCCAAAAGAUUAUCUGCCAGGCAGGCACGUUGGUCUAUGUUCCUUACACACUUUAAUUAUGUGCUUACUUACAGGCCUGGUUCUAAGAACACUAAGGCAGACGCUUUGUCACGUCAGCACGAACCUACCACCUCUACAGAGGAUACUUUGUUCCCUAUUAUUCCUGAAGUCAAUAUUAUCGCCAACACCAAUGUCAAAAUACACUCUCCAUUGCUCGCUGAUAUUCAGAACGAACAAUCUCUUGCUCCCGAACGUACUCCUGUGGGCCGCUUGUUCGUGUCUCCCAAAUUCCAAGUGGACAUUAUUCGCUGUUUCCACGAUAGCAAGAUCGCUGGUCACCCCGGCAUCCACAAAACUUACUGCCUGAUCUCAAAAGACUUCUGGUGGCCCGGUUUACGUAGGGAUGUGGAAGACUUUGUCAAGGCUUGCAAUGUUUGUGUCAGGAAUAAACUUCCGCGGGAUCUCCCUUGUGGUUUAUUGCAGCCCUUAGUCGUUCCCAACAAACCUUGGGCUUGCUUGGCUAUGGAUUUUAUUGUUGAUCUACCAGCUUCCAAUAGGCAUACAGUUAUACUCACGGUCCUUGACAGGUUUACUAAAAUGGCUCAUUUCAUUCCCUUGCCUAAACUUCCGUCCUCCCCCGAACUGGCCGUGAUAUUUGCUAGAGAAAUUUUCCGUUUACAUGGUAUUCCCAAUGAGAUUGUGUCAGACAGGGGUUCCCAAUUUAUUUCCCGUUUUUGGAGAUCCUUCUGUUCACAGUUGGGCAUCAAACUGAAUUUUUCUUCGGCCUAUCAUCCUCAAUCUAACGGAGCAGCCGAACGCACUAACCAAAAAAUUGAGCAAUAUCUACGUUGUUUUGUUUCUGAACACCAGGAUGACUGGGUCGGUCUGAUUCCUUGGGCGGAGUUUGCUCACAACAACCUUGUUUGUGGUUCCACUCAUAAUAGCCCCUUUUUCUUGAACUAUGGCUUUAACCCUACUGUUCUUCCGUCGGUGUCUCCUUCCCAGGGUAUACCGUCGGUUGAUAUUCAUAUAGCCAACCUGAGAAAGUUGUGGGAUCAGACUCGACAAAUUCUUGAACGUAGUUCCGCGGUGUUUAAGUCACAUGCUGAUAGGCGUAGACGUCCUGCUCCUAUUUUUUCUCCGGGGGAUAGGGUCUGGUUGUGUACCAGACACAUUCGCCUGAAAGUUCCUUCCUUGAAGUUUGCUCCUCGUUACAUUGGUCCUUACAGGGUACUGAGGAGGAUCAACCCGGUUUCUUAUUUGCUGGAUCUGCCUCCUACUCUACGCAUCCCUAACUCUUUUCAUGUGUCGUUAUUGAAACCUCUUGUUUGUAACAGAUUUUCCUCCCGCUCUACUCCUCCAUCCUCGGUCCGUGUGGAUGGUCAGGAGGAAUAUAUCAUCAAGUCCAUCCUUGAUUCUCGUAUUUCUAGGGGGAAGCUGCAAUACCUCAUAGACUGGAAAGGUUAUGGUCCAGAAGAGAGGUCUUGGGUUCCUGGUAUAGACGUGCAUGCUCCUCGUCUUCUACGGGCCUUCCACGUUCGUUUUCCUUCUAAGCCAGGUCCCAUCCGCCCGGUGGGCGUUUCUAGAAGGGGGGGUACUGUCAGGGUACCUGUUGGUGAUGUAUCCAGGGAGGACAUCCUCUCUGCUUAGGGGCUCCCUUCCCCUAGCAUUUCGGCAUAUUUCGGCCGUUUUCGCGCCGGCCGCGCUAGCUCCUCCCCCUUUUAUGACGCGACGGCUAGCGUCGACGUCAUGACGUCGGCAUUUGCAUAAAGUGCCGGGAACCGCUAUUCCGGACCUUUUGGGGGCGUGGUCUCUAUUUAGGUAACAGGGUAUUUAAAGGAAACCUUUACUACUGCUCAUUGCCCUGUCGUGGUUCUAGCUUGCUAGUCACUCAGCGCGUUCUUUAGCUAGUGUUUCCGGUUUUGACCCUUGCUUGUCUUUUGUCCUGUUGUCCUCUCCUCUCCUUUGACUCGGCUUGUAUCUCGCUUACCUGUCCUCCGGCUCCCUUGACCUCGGCUUACCUUUUGACUAUUCUUGCUUUGUCCUUACGUUAGUCCGGCCAUUCUAAGGUCCGGUAUACGUACCUCCUUCUGUGCGCACUCUGCGUAUUGGAUCCCUGUCAGUUUCCUGACAGUACUACAGAUUGAAGUCAGCAUGUUCUAACUCACUCUAGACGCAUGUAACCCCCAUUCUUGAGAUAAGCUUCACACCAUGUUUAAUGUUGAUUUUACCUAUAUCUACUCACCACAUGCAUAGAGACCACUACUCACAAUACAUAGAGUCCGUAUAUUGCAUAGUGUAACCCUUGACUCAAUCUGUAAUAUGUGACCAUUAUUCUUUUAUUUUACAUUUUAAACUGCACUGAAAUUGACUCCUAACUGUUCCACAUCGUUAUAUAGUAUAGCCUGUUGUUCCUAGUUUGACUAGCAUGUUCACUAUAUGCAAAAAAUUAGACAGAUUAUCCAGGAGUAUAUCUACCGACUGUGUGCUUCAAAUCUUAUUGUAUGCACUAAUUCUAUAUAUAUCUGGCAGGUAUUAUAAAUCUGUUGAUAGAUAUUCUUCCAUAUAUUACUUCUGUUGGAAUGCUGUACCGCAAAUCACAAUGUCUCAGUAAAAGAAAGAUUUACAAAAUAUGAUUAUUAAGUGAAGCUGUGACCUCAGUUAUGCAGUUCAGGUUCGGAGGGAAGGUGUUUAACUACAUUACACCAUCCGGGAGCCUCAAGAGAAUUAGUGUGUGUUGGCAUCUGGACCUGGACCCUCUUCCAGAAACCUUACUGAUGUCUCUCCACAUACGAACUGUAUCCUGGAUAUGGGUGUCCCAAAUCCUCUGAAAUAAGUGGGUCAGUAGACCAUCAGCCAAAGCCAGUUACUUGGUCUAGUUUUUCACAUUUUCUUGGCAAAAAUGACAGAUUGUCAUGGCAUUCAAAGAAUUCAUGAUAUUGAAUUUCAGCUAAAGGUUUAUUCCACCAUUAUUUAAGGGUUGCUUUUUAUGUACCACCCACCUUCCGGUCUGCCCUCAGCUCUUCCUCUAGUAUUCUUUCAUUUGCUAGUACGUCAGCGUCUGAACAGAGAUUGGAGAUCCUAUACUCCCUAGUCAGCGCAAGCAGCAUUGGCUAGGUAAUUUCCAUAGGAUGUGCUGUGGUUGGGAGAGCAGAAGGACUGCCUGUGGGAGGUCUUUUCUGCUCUCCCUUGUCAGACAAAUCAUCAAGCUAGGGAGAAUGACCUAUUUUUAAACAGUUUUUUUCUCCCAAACUAUACAUGUGCUAGCACAAUAAAUAGAUAGAAUGUUACGCUCUUUCCAAGGACUAUAAGUAUUUUGGAGCAUGACAGGCCCCCUUCAAGGCCUAAAUAGUUCAACUGAAAAUUGAAUUUAUUUGGCAAAAUUUUCACAUUUGGCUCAGCUAUUUUAGUCUAAAUUUUUAAAUUAAUUUGGAAUUCCUUGCAAUUCUCAGUUUCAUGUAUAUUAUAUUACCCUGUUAGUGAAUAAACCUCUUUAUAAUAAAUUCAGGUACAGUACUGAUAAAUAUUUAUUUACUAAUAAGCCAUGACUCAAAUUGGCAAAAUUGACAUUAGAUGUUCACCCUCUGAGUAGAUCCUGAGUAUGUCUGUGUAGUCCAGACAUAACAGCUUGCUGUAGCAUCUCUAUUGCUUACCACAUUCUACCAAAUAAAAAAUAAAAGUGACAGCAAUUUUCCUAUUGCAUAAUGACACACAUCUGUUUGGGACAGAUGGACUUGUCAGAGGCUGGGGGUGGCUGGAAACUAAUCCCCAAUUUAUCACUCUUCAGUCCCAUAGGACUUGAGUUGAGCUCCAGGUAUUUGACACCCACCAUAGCAAAUGAUCUAAUAAUAAUAAUAUACAUGUAUUUAACUAGAAUUUAUUUUCAAGCAUGUCAUGCGAGGAAGGGUUUACAUGUUAUUGUGGUACUCGGUUUAUCACCAUCAGAAAGAUAAAAGAUUGCAUUGAGCUUUUUGGAAAUCUUAGUAUGCCUGGAGAUAUAUCCACUGAGCUGUCUCACUAGCCGGCCAUACAUACUUCAAAGAAAUAUAGAUAGAUAUACAUAAACACUUACGUGUAGAAGCAUGGCUGAAAUGAAGAAUUGUUCCUAUUAAAUGGUAUUGUGCAAAUUGUGAGCUGUAACUACAAAAAAAUAAUGAAAUACUAGAUAUGAUAUAUGCUUUAAAUCAGGACAAAUAAAUGAAUUUAUUUUGAAGUACAUUUCUAUAGAUGCACUAUUAUAUAAACAUUAUUAUAGGAAAAACUGAAACAAAGUGUGUUUUUUUGCAUUAUUUUUUCCCCACAAGAAAUAAAAUAAUAUUAUAUAUAUAUAUAUAAAUGUAUAUAUAUAUAUAUAUAUAACAAGAAACAGUACUAAAACAAUAUAUAGUAUAUGUGGGUGAACUAACUGAAAAAAGUGAACUUAUGAUUGUACAGAUAGCAGCAAAAACGUGCUCCAGUCAGUACUAAACACAAUAAAAUACUACUGGGUUAAUAGUCAUAGAGUGCUGGUGUUGUUUACACUUGAUUUGGAGGUCUAUUUUUUUAUUUAUUUUUUACGAACAGACGUGUUCGGGUGGAGAAUAUUCUUAAGACUGUUUUCCACCCUUUUGUUUUUACACGACCUACAAAAUGGCAUCAUUAACACCAUUGCACUUAUGUGUUAUGUUGGCAGCUGCUCAGAACUUUUCAAAUAAUAUUUAAGGUCAGGGACCUUACACUUGCAUAGUCCCAAUUUGACUCUCUUUACUUGCAGAUGUAAGGUGAAUGUCUGUUUUUUUUUUUUGUAGAACUCAUCCAAUUAUUCAUACACGUAAUAUAAAAACUGUGUGUAAUGCAGCUAAAUAAAUAAAAACAAAUAUACACAAGUUUGCAUGCAGUACCAGGUAGCAAACGUGGUAGUGACUGCUGAAUGAUAACACUAGCUUAUAUUUUUAAUGGUUUCUUAGCUGACAGUGGAGGAACUGAUAUAUAAAUUAUAUACAAAUGAGAGAAAACAAACGAGCAAUCACAAUAGUGCACUGGUUGAGGGCAGAACAAAGGUUAAAUAGCCUAUUGAGGGGGUGUGGUUUGGCAGCCUAAGCAAAUGGGCGCAUAAUUUUUCCCUCCGCCCGGGUCCCGACUCACCGGCACAAGCCCACCCGCUCCACCGCUGACAUGGGGAGGUCAAACAGGGCCCCACCGACCGGGAAGACCCCAGAGCCCAAAAAGGGACAACUUACCUCGUCCCUCUGCCAGUUCCUGGUUACCCCCACGGACCUCGCGACCCAGCCGCAUGGCGUGGACGGCAUAAUGGCGUCGGAAGAUUCCGCGCCCUCAUCGCCGGCAUCUGAUCUGCACACCGGAGGGUCGGAAAGACCCCCAUGGCUGGACCUCCUGAGAGCCCUGCCCACCAAGGGAGACCUCCGUUCGGCCACCUCAGAACUGGGAGCCACAAUCAGGCAGGACAUCCAGGCGCUGAGGGCUGACCUGCAGGGCCUGACAGACCGGAUGAGCCACGUGGAGGCAGCCUGUGACACUUUGAGAGAGGCCCAGAAUACACUUGCUGAGGCUGCAGAAACCUCCUCAGAACAGGUACGUGGCAUGGCCCUGCAUAUUGAGGACUUGGAUAACAGGGGGCGCUGCAAUAACUUAAGGCUGCACGGCCUCCCUGAAACUGAGGACUCCCCCCAACAGCUGCAGGAAAGCCUCCUGGAAAUAUUUAAUGGGAUCCUCGGCCGUGAUCACCAGGCACCUAUAGACUUUGUAAGAGCUCAUAGAGCCCUCCGUCCUAAGGGCGCGCCGGACAGCCCACCCAGGGACAUCAUUUGCUGCCUGGCGAAUUUUGCCCUAAAGGAGACUAUCCUUAAACAAGCACGAGGCCAGCAAACGCUCAGCUACUGAAACCAAGACCUGCAACUCUUUCCAGAUUUAUCGCCGGCUACCCUAACCUACCGACGCGCCCUGAAACCACUCACGAAGGUACUGGUGGCUCAACAGAUCCAACUGCCCGCCAUCAACAUGAGAUGGCCUGACCCAUUGGACAUCUACACCACCGCAAGAAACCCCUACCCGAGACCGGCGCUGCCGCAACGCACUCGAUCGGGACGCCAGGAGGCCACUAGACCUACAGGUACCGCCCGCUAGAGGGCAUGACUUUCCCCCCCCUUUCCCCACACUAUGCCCCGCACCGGCCUGGCCCUCUCUGGGGCACACACAGUCCCGCUACAGGACUUGGACACUGUCUCAAGGCACAAACUUGGCCAACCUAUCGAUUGGACACCCACAUUGGCACUCUGCUCCCCGGAAUAGCACCCCUUGCCGGGCAGUGCGAAUGGUUGCCAAGCCAUACCCCUCCUACGGCCAUGCCGCUCAGAAGCUUCACCAUGGACAUGGAGCCCCGUCCACCCCGAGGGGGGUGGGUGGGCUGGGGGACGUGGCCCAAGGGACUGGGGUUCCUAGUAGCGCCUGCAAGUGGUGGCACCCACUGCGCUGUGUUUCGCGCCUGCACAUGCUGAGAUGUCCCACUGCAUUGUCCCUAACCCGCAUAUGUGCCAACGCAUGCUAAAACUAUCUACGGCAUGGUAUAUCACGCGCAUACCCGCACACACAGGUUGCAACCACCCUUUACGCUACAAACCACUGCAUAUGCGCCCGCACACGCUGCCACGACCCACUGCAGGGCACAUAGCAUGGCAUAGGCGCCCACACAUGCUUAAAUUGCCUGCUGCAUUGCAUUGACCGCUCUAUACGUGCCUGCGCAUGCUCACAUGGCGCCUUGGUCGGUAGGUAGCCGUGCAUACACGCCCGUGCAUGCUCAAAUAGCCUAUCACAUUUUAAGUAACAUGGUAUGUCUUUCCUAGGAGCUUUCCUAUAGUCACUUUAUUUGUAGGAUUCCCUCUGGACUUGCUCCAUCAUUCUCCCCACUUGCUUUAUCUCUGUUUAAUAUGGGGUAAAUGCCUGUUUAUGCUAGAAUUGCCUCUUACACAUGCUAAACUUGUCUACUAUUUAUCUCACGGGUUAUACACUUGUGCAAGUUCAAAAUGUCUAUCGGUUCGUAUGCAACACUGGAGAGGUGCCAGAAUAGGCUACACCGGGGUACAGCUUUGUAUAUACCAGUGCGCAAGCACCCGCACACACAGACCAGCGAUGGGCUGACCCCGGAGCAACACCACCCACCUCCAUACAGAUGGGGGAACCCAAUGGGGGUCCACUAGUUGGGAUGCCCUCGGGGGGGACACAGGCUCUCCACACCACUUUCGGGGCGAGAGGAACGGCACCACGGGGCCACACUGGUGCACGUGGGGGAGGGGGCUGGUGGGAGGCUGGGUGGGGGUGCAUCCUAGACAUCUGAGCUGUAGUAAGAGGGUUAAGCCCUGGGUCAGCUCAUAGACCUUCCCCUCAGACUAGACAAUGUCGGGACCCGGGGGUGAGUUCCCGCAGACACACAAAGGUAUCACCAAGAGGUCGCAGUUCUGGCUGGAACCCGACCAUACCUUGGGAGACUCGCCCCGGAGACGCGACAAAAGUAUAUCACAGGUUCGAGUUACAAUUGUGUUUGUUGUGAUCCACAACCACUUCUGUUGGCUGGUUGACAAGGCGCCUUCCACUCCCCGCGUGGUCGGUGUCUUCUGUAUAGGGGGGGGUCGUCCCCCGCUCCGCUCUCCGGGCUGGGGGAUUUCUACCCCCUGACGCCGGUGCCUCUGCUCCAUAACAGGGGCGGUCCCCCCCGUGCCCCGCUGCACGGGGAUACCCUCUAACCAGCUCCGCCCUGCCUGCCCCAGACCAGGCCCUCCCUACCUGGGCCCGCCCCCACGGACUGGGACGACUCAGACACUUGGGGGACUUGACAAUAUGGCUACACCUGUGUCCAAAUACGCACCAGCCCCACUCAACUUCCUAUCCCUAAACGCAAAGGGCUUAAACUCACGCACUUCGCCUCUGCCAGAAAACUAGAGCCCAUGUGGUCUAUCUCCAAGAAACCCACUUUAAAACCGACUCUGCUCCGAAACUCAGUAACCACAUAUACACCCAAGGCUUCUACAGCAAUAACCCGGACGGGAAAUCUAAGGGGACAGCAAUACUCCUACACAAAUCCAUACCCUUCGUAGCUGACUCGACCAUGACGGAUAAUUCGGGCAGAUAUGUAUUUGUUAGGGGUAAAAUCCUGGACGAAACCUAUACCUUUGCCAACAUCUAUGCCCCAAACACACGACAGGAUAAAUUUCUUCGGGACACACUCCGGGCCCUGCACGACUUCACGACAGGCUGUCUGGUCCUGGGAGUGGACUUUAAUGUCGCCCUACACCCAACGAUGGAUGCCUCCAGGGGCCACUCAUCGACACCCCCCCCCACACUGCUCAAAAUUUGUAAACUGCUCCACCAGUACAGGCUUACGGAUUGCUGGAGGGCGACGCACCCGACGGCUAGGGACUGCACCUUCUACUCGACCCCGAAUGACUGUUACACACGCAUCGACUACUUCUUCCUUCCAUAUUACCACCUACCCAGACUGCGUGACUCAUCCAUGGGGGGGACAAUGUGGUCCGACCACGCACCACUCACGAUUCAACUCACAUCGCCACUAUACAAACCCAAAACUACGUCAAGGAGGCUUCACGAAAGCCUUCUCUCCAACCCGCAGGUGACCCGAGACGUACAACAAGCCCUGACGAAUUACUUCGCCGAGAACCCACCGCAGGACACAUCCCCCCUCUUGACAUGGGAGGCCCACAAGUGUGUGAUUAGAGGGAUCCUUAUCUCACACUCCUCUGCCCUGAAAAGGGCGCGAGAACAUACGAUCCGAGAACUAACUGCCAAGAUUGGGACCCUGACACAGGCCCACAAACGAACACUAGACGACACACUUCUCGGGGAACUCACAGCAGCCCGGGAAGAACUAGCACGGGUCCUGUGGCAGUCAUACACUAGGGCCCUUCAGCGCACUAAAUCCUUUUUCUACUCAGAAGGAGACAGGUGCGGCAGGUUGCUGGCCAGAAUGAUCAAUAAAAAACGCUCCAUGACAUACAUCGCACGCAUGCGCGACGCCGCAGGCCAACUACACCACAUGCCAGACCAAAUCGCUGCAGCUAUAACUCGCUUCUACACAGACCUUUACGCGAUCCCCUCCCACGCCCCUCGAGCAGACCCGAGCCUAGGAGCGACCCGCAUAAACACAUACCUCACUAAAUACACCAAAACCAAACUCUCCCCAGACGCAGCGGAGGCCCUGGAGGCACCCCUGACGGAGGGGGAACUGACCCUGGCCAUCAAAGCCUCAAAGACAGGCAAAAGCCCGGGCCCAGAUGGCCUCCCCCUCAAAUACUAUAAAACCUUCCUGACCACACUGUCCCCCCGAUAUAUCUCGGCCUUCAACUCCAUAACAGAGGGACAUACCAUCGCCCAGCAAACACUGGCGGCCAACAUUGUCCUGCUGCCGAAGGAGGGGGGAGAUACCGAACGGUGUAUGGGCUAUCGACCUAUAUCGCUACUUAACUGCGACCUUCGCCUGUUUGCUAAAAUUCUAGCUACAAGGUUAAACCCACACAUACCAGACUUAAUCUCUCCUGACCAAGUGGGCUUCGUCCCCCACAGGGAAGCUAGAGAUAAUACGGUCCGGGCCCUCUCCCUGAUCCACCACGCGCAGCGCACCUCGGAGAGCCUUCUCCUCCUCUCCACGGACACGGAGAAGGCCUUCGAUAGGGUGGCAUGGGACUAUCUAUUCUCGGUACUAGAACAUGUCGGCCUGGGGACUCAUAUGCGCCGGUGGAUAGAAUCGCUUUACUCAUCCCCCACGGCCAGGGUGUGCAUAAACGUGGUUUAUACAGAUGCAUUCCCGAUCAGGAGCGGUACCAGGCAGGGCUGCCACCUGUCGCCGCUUUUAUUCAUCUUGGCCCUAGAGCCCUUCCUACAUGCGGUAAGGGAUAACCCAGAUAUCUCAGGGGUGACAGUGGAGACAGACCACCACAAGAUCGCAGCAUAUGCGGAUGAUAUGCUAUUCUUUAUUACUAACCCGGAAAUCUCCCUCCCAAACCUCAUGGCAGAGUUUAAGACAUACGGCCAAAUCGACAACCUCAAGAUCAAUUAUGCCAAAUCCUCUAUCCUCAACAUUGGCUCCCCCCAGAGGAGGGCAGACCGAAUCAGACUGAACUUCCCCUUCCAAUGGCGGGACACCGCUAUUAAAUACCUGGGGGUGAGGGGUGAGGCUCACGGCCGACCUAUCCAAACUAUACCAUAUGAACUUCACCCCACUGCUGGGAACCAUACGGAAGAAUCUGACAGAAUGGGCCACACCUCACUUUUCCUGGCAGGGUUGCCAUUGCCAAAAUGAACAUCCUCCCACGGGUCCUCUACCUAUUCCAGACACUACCAAUCCCACUCCCUAGCACCUUCUUCGCAGCACUCCGCACCCUCCUCAUUAAAUUUAUUUGGAAGGGCACUAAACCCAGACUCAAGUACACACAACUCACACUCCCCAAAACAGCAGGAGGCCUGGCCGUUCCUGACCUCAAACUGUACUACCAAGCAUGCCACAUGCAACGGGCCCUGGAAUGGGCAAAAGAGGGGAUAAGCAAACCAUGGAAGGCCAUUGAAACCCACCACGCAGGCAGGCCCCUUUCAGCCCUUCUGUGGCUGGACCCCUCGACGGGUCGGCGGUUAGUCUACCAACAACCCUUCAUCACCGCCACCUUAACCAUAUGGCACACACAAGCGAGGAAACUACGCCUCUCCUCCUUCCCAUCCCCACUACUACCCCUGGUGUACAACCCGGACUUUGAACCGGGGGUAAGACCAGGAAACCUCCGCUGCGUCCUCCCACAAAACAUACCCAGACUCUGAGACAUGACUGCCAAUGGGAAAAUCUUGCCCCUACAGACGCUCACGGUCACACCCACCCACCCCUUCAUGACGACAUUUAGGUACACCCAAAUUAAGAACUACAUCACCGCCAUACCACAACACCCCGAUGUCUAUAGGGAUCUCACGCAAUUCGAACAGUUGUGCCAGGACCCGGAGCCCAUGCCCCAUAGCAUUUCCCACCUCUACUCUAUUCUACAACGACAACAGGGACAACCCCCACCCCCCUUCAUGUCCAAAUGGGAGACCGCCAUAGGAGAAACACUUACCGAGACCCAGUGGCACAAGAUCUGCGACCUAGUGCACCACUGCGCAAUUGCUAGCAAAACGCAGGAAACGGCCUACAAGGUCCUCACACAAUGGUAUUUGACACCAGAACGCUUACAGAGAAUGCACUUAGACACGGACGGCCUCUGCUGGAGGUGCAAGAGAGGGGUAGGAUCCUUCCUCCACAUAUGGUGGGAAUGCCCACUCAUAGUACCGUUCUGGGAGAAAAUAGCAGCCAUGGUGGCCCUGUUCACGGACAAUGUCCCACCCUUCCAGCCCGCCCCGUACCUCCUGCACCACACGACAACCCCCACACCACGAUACAAACGCUCCCUGACCAUCCGCAUUCUUAAUGUCGCAAAACACCUAAUACCUUUGUACUGGAAAAAAGACACAACCCUAACGCUUUCCCUGUGGUUUACUAGAAUGGAGGAGUUAGACCAAAUGCAGACAUACUUAGACACAUGGACACCCUGGCUGACACGGGUGGGAACGGAGGCAUUUCGAACUGUGCAUUUGACCAUGGGGGGAGGAACGGACGACCUCCAGGAGGAGACACCAGGAGCCUAACGGGACGACCCACACCUGGCCCAAGACGCAGUACCCCACCCUACCCCACACACUGGCAGGUCCGGGAGGAGCACGGGCUCGGGACGCGGGGGGCCGACCCCUCAGGGGUGUGCUGGGGGGGUAUGAUACCUGUCGGGGUGCGGCCACCUGCAGUACCCAAAACUGCUUACGGCCCCGCGGGUACGGGGGGUGGAAGAGCGCCAGUUCCGCGAGUUACAAACGUUACUAGUUUAGAUGAAACGCAGGAUGCCCCUUAGGUUACUCCCAUCCACACCAAUGUAUAACGCUGGGCAGAGCCGAAUUGUACCAGCGUAAGGGGUCAACACCCCACUAUACCAUCAUCCUGGACCUUGGACACGGGGUCGCAAGGAGGCUGCAUGCCCUGAUGGGACCCACAGUAGGUACCCCACAUGUCCUAGGACUGCAUGGUGGCUAUUCAUUCCCAUAUACUUAAACCAUAACCUGGCUGAUUCAGUAUUAAUUUGAUUAAAAAACAUCCAAAAGCACCCCAACCUUUUCAUUUGAGUGGUCAGGGUUCAUUGACCCUUUUUUUUUUUUUUUUAGCCCUACGAUGUAAAACAUUGUAGUUUUUGUAGUUUGUUUUUACUAGUGGUUGUCUUCCUGACUUCCCUGUGAGAACUGAGUCAGACUCGGUUCUCAAUCAAAUGCCGCGCAUGCGCACUAUCCUCCCAAUACAUUGGUUUGGUAGCUGAAAUCAUCAAUCUCGAGAGGUGGAGUGGCCUUGACGAAACCAUCGCAACAAUUGAGUAAAAGUAAGUAAUACUCACAGGAGGUGGUGUACACCAACAUGGGUCAAUUAAAACUAUAGCUUUAGAUUAAAUGACUGAAGUCCCUGAUAUGUUUAUUAUUAUUAUUAUUAUGAUAUUUAUAGAGCGCCAUCAAAUUCCGCAGCGCUUUACAAUGAGUGGACGAACAGACAUGUAGUUGUAACCAGACAAGUUGGACACACAGGAACAGAGGGGUUGAGGGCCCUGCUCAAUGAGCUUAGAUGCUAGAGGGAGUGGGGUAAAAUGACACAAAAAGGUAAGGAUAGUAUUAGACCAGUGACAGUUGCAGAAGAGGAAUCAGUCAGGAGCUAUUAACAGUUUAAUUGAAACGCUUUUAUGAAGAAGUGGGUUUUUAAAGAUUUUUUGAAGGAGUGGAGACUGGGUGAGCAUCUAACGGAGGAGGGAAGCGAGUUCCACAGGAACGGUGCAGCCCUGGAAAAGUCUUGAAGGCGAGCAUCAGAGGUGGGAGUACGGACAGAAGAUAGAUGUAAGUCUUCAGCAGAUCGUAAGGGCCUAGACGGGACAUACGGUACUUGUGUAUAAGGGAGGAUAGAUAGAUGGGAGCAGCAUUAUGUAGAGAUUUGAAAGCAAGAACCAGAAUUUUAAAUUGAGCUCUAUAUUUUAUAGGAAGCCAAUGUAGGGGCUGACAGAAGGGUGAGGCAUGGGAGGUGCAGGCGGACAGGAAGAUGAGUCUCACCGCCGCAUUCAUUAUGGACUGUAACGGCGCAAGUUGGGAGCACGUAAGACCACUGAGAAGCGGAUUACAGUAGUCAAGGCGAGAGAGGACAGUGGAAUGGACCAACACCUUAGUCGCAUCUGGCGUUAAGUAGGGGCAGAUGCGCGCAAUGUUUUUGAGAUGGAAAUGACAGUAUUUGGCGAUAGAUUGAACAUGAGGCUUGAAGGAGAGUCAAAGAGAACACCUAGGCAGCGAGCCUGCGUGGUGGAGCUAAUGGUAGCACCGUUGACUUGAAGGGAGACAGACACAGGAGUAACAACACUUGAGGGAGGAAAGACCAGAAUUUCAGUUUUGGUCAAGUUUAGUUUAAGGAAGUGGACAGCCAUCCAGUUAGAAACAGCAGAGAGGCAAUCAGAGACACUAGUCAAGAGGGACUGGGAGAGAUCAGGAGAGGACAGGUAGAUUUGCGUUUCAUCUGCAUAGAAAUGAUAUUGGAAGCCAAAGGAGCUAAUGAGUUUACCAAGGGAGGCAGUAUAGAUGGAGAACAGCAGGGGACCAAGGACUGAACCUUGCGGGACACCAACAGAGAGGAGUUGGGGAGAAGAAGCAGAUCCAGAGAAAGAAACACUGAAGGAGCACUGGGAGAGGUCGGAGAAGCACCAGGAGAGAGCAAUAUCUUGUAGACCGAUAUUGCGGAGGAUGAGAAGAAGCUGUUGAUGAUCAACAGUGUCAAAAGCCGCAGACAGGUCAAGGAGAAUUAGGAUAGAGUAGUGACCACGAGAUUUUGCAGCGAGUAUAUCAUUGGAUACUUUGGUCAGUGCCGUUUCCACAGAGUGCUUAGCGCGGAAACCAUGCUGAAGCGGGUCUAGCAGAGAGUUGGACUUGAGGAAGUCUGUCAAUCUCGCAUACACAAUUUUUUCAAGGAUCUUGGAUGCAAAAGGCAGUAGCGAGAUAGGACGAUAGUUGGAUGGGGAGUUAGGGUCAAGAUUUGGCUUCUUUAGAAUUGGGGUUACAGUUGCAUGUUUGAAGGGCAAUGGAAAUAUACCAGAGGAGAAAGAGAGAUUGAGAAUUUUAGUGAGAAGUGGAGAAAGAGAAGAAGACAGAGUACGGAUGAGAUGCGAAUUGGAUCUAGGGAGCAGGUGGUGGGGCGGGAGGACUGGAGCAAAGCAGAAACCUCUUCCAAUGUAGUGGGUGCGAAUGAACAUAGAACAGCAAAGGGAGUGAAGUUAAGGGAAGUAUUGUAAGGGGAAGAAGAAAGAUGAGAGAUCUAUUCUCUGAUUGUAGAGAUCUUGUCAGUGAAGUGAGUUGCAAAGUCUGAGGCGGUCAAGUUAGAAGGUGGAGGAGGAACAGCAGGGCAAAGAAGAGAGUUAAAUGUGUGAAAUAGUCAUUUGGGUUCGCGGGAGAGUGUGGUUAUGAGGGUAUUAAAGUAAUUAACUUUUGCAGAGGAAAGAGCCAAGCUGUAUGAGCUCAGCAUAAGUUUAUAGUGGAGAAAGUCAGAUGCACAGUGAGACUUUCUCCAACCGCAUUCAGCAGUUCUGGAGCAUUUUUGGAUGUAUCGAGUGAGCUUGGUGUGCCAGGGUUGUUGUUGGGGGGGCCUGCGGCGUUUAAAUGUACAAGGUGCCAUGAUGUCUAGUUGAGAGGAGAGGGUGGAAUUGUAGAAGGAGGUUGCAGAACUAGGACAGGUGAGGUUUGAGAUAGGUAAAAGGAGAGUUUGGCGAUUAAUGGAGAAAUGCUGUAGGUCAAGACAUUGGAGGUUUCUGUGAGAGUGAUGUUCAGACGGUGGUGUCAAUUGGGUCUUAGGUAUGCCAAUGUCAAAAGUCAGCAGAUGUUGGUCAGAUAGAGGAAAAGGAAUAUUGGAGAGAUUAGAGGCAGUACAGAGGUUGGUGAAGGCAAGAUCAAGAGUGUUUCCUGCUGUAUGGGUUGCUAAAUUGGACCAUUACGUAAGGCCAAAGGAGGAGGUUACAGAGAGCAGAUGAGAGGCAUCAGUGCAAUUGGGGUUAUUGAUUGGGAUAUUGAAAUCCCCAAGUAUAAGGGAAGGAGUGCUACAUGAGAGGAAGUGGUGAAGCCAGGAUGAAAAGUGCUCAAUGAAUAGUCUAGGAUAACCAGGGGGGGGGCGGUAGAUGAUGGCAGUUCUUAAAGGAGUGGGUUUAAAUAGGCGGACAGUGUGAACUUCAAAAGAAGAAAAGGAUAGGACAGGGGGAGUUAUGAUCUUAGUGCCAUCCCCACAGUACUUGGGCAAAUCAAAUUCCUUUCACAUUCUUCACUCAGAAUAUCACAUGGGAUUGAGCUGAAUUACCAGGAUCUCUGGUCAUGCACCUGGUUCAAGUAAAGGGAAGUAAGGCAUCUGUUGCUAGUUUAAUCUAUAAAAUGAACUAUUAUACAUCAUAUAUGGUGGAAAUGUACCUGCCUAUUACCUUUGAAGGUCAAGUUAGAAAAUGAACUUACAAGUUUAACACAGUCCCAUAUUGAACUCUUUUUGUUCCAUUUGGAUUUCCCAAAAUUGUCUUUUUGGCGAGAAAAUGGAGAUCUGAGGCGAUCCCUAAGUAGACUGAAAUUGCCUUUACAGAUUAACUGUCAGAGAUUCAUGGAGAAGGCUGUAACCCCAAGUUCUCAAGACUAACAGCCUUCUCCAUGAAGCCUUCUCCUUCAUGGAGAAGGCUGUAUCAUGGAGAAGGCUGUUUGUAUUGAGAACUUGGGGUUAUAGAAUGACAUAUGGAGACUCUGGCCUCUGGUUAUAGACUUCCCUGAGACUCCUUCCAACGAACUCCUCCACUAUCAUGCUACAGGUAUGAAUUGUUGUGUGAAUGGAGUUUGAUUUUAUACGUCACUGUAUUUGUAAUAGAUACUUUUAAUAGAAUUACACUUUAUUAGAUUUAAAAUAUGUUUUGAAUAAUGGAAAGGGAAAGGAAACUGAGGGAAAGAGGUAAAAAGGGGAGAGGAAUAGGGAAGGAGGGAGGGAAAAAGAACAAAGAUCGCAGCAAAUAAAACAACCACUUUUCCUGCGCUUUUGAUCAAUUCUUUUCAGUAUCAUCAUCAGGAAUUGACACAAUGAUGAUACACAAGAAUAAAAACUGACCAGCUCUUACAGGACCACUAUAGGCACCCAGACCACUUCAGCUCAAUGAAGGGGUCUGGGUGCCAGGUCCCUCUAGGGUUAACCCUGCCUGCUGUAAACAUAGCAGUUUCAGAGAAACUGCUAUGUUUACAUAUGGGUUAAUCCAGCCUCUAGUGGCUGUCUCAUUGACAGCCGCUAGAGGCACUUCCGCGCUUCUCACUGUGAUUUUCACAGUGAGAAGACGCCAGCGUCCACAGGAAAGCAUUGAGAAAUGCUUUCCUAUGGACUGACUGAAUGCGCGUGCGGCUCUUGCCGCGCAUGCGCAUUCAUCCGAUGACAUCCAAAGGAGGAGGAGAGUCCCCAGUGCCGGGCUCCCUCGGAAAGGUAAGAGUUUAACCCCUUCCUCCAACUUCAACCCGGCGGGAGGGGGGCCAUGAGGGUGGGGGCAACCUCAGGGCACUAUAGUGCCAGGAAAACAAGUUUGUUUUUCUGGCACUAUAGUGGUCCUUUAAUUUCUAAAUCUGAGUGUCAAGAAAAAAAUAAUAUAAUACAAUAAUCUUUAAAAUGAAAUAUUGAUUUCUGAAAUAUUUUGUUAAUACCAGGCAAAUUACUGGAAUCUUUCUUUUGUGAAAUGCAUGUUAAUAAUAUUUGUCUCACUGCCAAGUCCAUUGUAGGGUCAUCAUAUCCACUGACUUGUUUGCUAAAUAAAAGCCAUUUGAAUACAUGUAGUAUUCCCAACAUUGUGAGCUACAGCUGUGCAACCAGGCAGCUGUUCUUAGUAUGAGGGAAUGUGAGAACUAUUUAUGAAGAUAACUGCUUAGAAAUUAUUGAGUGGGCCACUUACCAGAAAAUAAUUACAUGUAAAGUGGGAACAAAUUAAAUGUUAGGAAGCAUCUUGACUACUUGGGGAGGCACUAGGGAACUGUAGUGGUUAUGGUGCAUAGUGUUCCUUUAAAUUCUAUAGAAUUGUGUUCUUUUAAAUUCUAAAAAUAAUAAUCUUACUAACAUGAAGCAUUUAUGUUAAAACAAAGCAGAACUAAUUUUGCUUAGCCCAGGAAAUUUGGCUUGGCAGGGUUAUUAAUUAAAGGGAAAAUUUUAGUGAAUUUUAAAUUUAAGGGCAAAAUAAGCAAACUGGAAAAAUUAGAUUUAGAAUAUUUGGCAGUUUCCAUAGAUUUUAUAAGAAAACGUAUUGUGGCCCGUUUAGCAGCUUUUCAGACAUUUUACUAAUAUUUCCGGUUGACUAUCAUGGAAUACAAAAUGUUCUUAUUCAAGGUGCAGAUCUCCUUAACUCUGUACUACUUUUAAAAUAAAACAGAAUAUUUUAAAUAAGUACCAAUCAGGAAGGAACCUGGUAGAUAUUGUAGGUUGCCUUAUAGCACAAUAAACUCACAUAGGAACUCUCAAGGAUUGUGACAUAUAAUGCAUCAAGGUGAAUUGGCAAAUUGCUAAGUUUACAUGCUCUAGAGCACUUUCCCAAUCUUUUACGGAGUACUCCUGCAGGUUUUUUAAAAAAUUCCCAAGUACCCCUGCCUCGAUAAAGUAUUUUCUAUUGAUUUUAAUUCCAAAUGAAAUGUCUAGACACUGAUAUUUAAGUUAAAUCCCAUUUUCCAGAACAAGCCUAAUUAAAUGUAAGGUUCAUCAAGCGUACCUCAUUGAUCAAAGGACAAUAAGUAAUAAAGAAUAUUUUUAAAAAUAAAUAUGACAUCAUGUUUUUAGUUUACCCAGCCUCAAGUGGGCCAGUGUGGGUGUAAUCUUCAUGAUAUUCCCAGCACUGCUCCCUUGCGUGACGUCGGGGCCAGAGUAACAUCAUAACCUGGCUUCUGGCAUCACCUCCGGGCGUGAGGGAGCAGUGCUGGGAAUUUUAUAAAGACUACAGCUUCAUCACCACCUCCAUUCUGCCUCAGCUGGCCAUCCCCUGGGGGACACUAAGGUGGCCCAACUGUGACCAAGGCAGUUUUAGAGAGGCUUUACCAAUCAACUAUUGUUGCCAUCAUCAAACAGUUAAAAAAGUUUGCAGGUGAAUCUAUUUUUCUUUUUCUGUUAAAACUGGGAACGAUUUAUAAAGUGAAAUAUAGGUGUAAAUCUCUAUGGGGCUGUUCUGUUUAAUGAGAUACAUUCAUCUCAUCUAAUAGUAUCUAGGUGUGAAAGGGAAGCAGUCACACGAACAUGCCCUUGCUAUUUAGAAAAUGCUAUUUUCUUUCCUUUCGUCUAAGGAAAAAAACGUUGUGUAAUCUGUAAAUCCCUGAUAACCAUCUAUACUUUGUACAUUGGCUCUCCAACUGUCCAAGUACUUUACUUUAGGUUUCUUUUAUUUCUUCAUGAUCCCAUUAAAGCGUUGGUGACCCACUGUAAAUAUGAGUUUGCUACGAGGUUAUCCACCUUGACUAUUCACAGCAUGAAGCAUAUCUAGUCUCACCAUACCCAUACCUCUUUAGUGUCCUAUUAGGACCCAUGUUCUUCUGUCCCCCCUUUCUAUCCUAAUGAGCUCAACAGCAAUAAUACUCACAGUAACGUGUCUUUAAACUACAAUAAAUAUUUUUACAAAUCAGUUUGUGUAAAUCAGAUACAUUGGUUUUGUUCUUAAUUAUAUUUUAGGUGCAAGAAUUGUUGCUUAAAAUUUCAUAGAACAGCCCUGCCUUUGAUUACACCUCCACUCACUCCCCUAAAAUUAAGGUGUUCUUCUUUGUCCAUUUGAAAUUAGAGGAGAUAUGCGAUAGGUCCAGUAGAGCUACGCUACCCCUGCAAAAUUGCAGUAUCCUGAAUUUUAACUGUUAUAAUAUUGUGGAAUAUAUUUGUGUUGGACAGUUUGUUCCACCAAUGACAAAACUAUUGUUUCUUGUCUGUUUUCUAGGUGCAUCGCUGUUGUUACUAUCAUCCUCUGUCUCCUGUUUUUCCUCUACUACUGCUUUUAA